AUGAAAUGGCACCACAUUAAACCGAUUUGUCUACCCAUUACUCCGGCAUUGCGAUCGCUGCAAUUGGAACGGUACACCGUGACCGGCUGGGGAUUAACCGAAAAUCACGUUGAGUCGCAGGUUCUUCAGGAGACUCUAGUUUCUCGUGUUAGCAAUGAUGAUUGCAAGCAGAGUCUCACUCGAUAUUAUCCCCAUGAGUUGCAACUAAGUGAUAAGCAUAUCUGCGCCGAGGGCAAAUUCCUAGUGGACACGUGCAUAGGAGAUUCGGGCGGGCCACUUGAAUUCUACACUGAGCAUCACAACGAGUCUCGUUUCGUACAAUUCGGGGUUUUCACCGCUCGGGUGAGCACCUGUGCGAGCGCCCCGUGCGUCACACCAAAACAUAAGGAUGGACUAUGCGUAGCAAUACAGCGCUGCCAGAAUAUCUACAACAUAGUGCGGAGUCCGCCCUCGGCGAACAUUGCUAACUAUAUAAAGCAAGCAGCUUGCAUAUUACCAGCAGUUAAACGCAGCAUCUGCUGUACAAGGGAAGAAGUGCUACAACAAAGCCUACUGCCAUCUGAUUGCGGUCACUCGUCCACUGAUCGCCUUGUUAAAGCUAAUAUUACACAAGUAUUCUCCUAUCCUUGGAUGGCUUUACUGAGAUACAAUCAAAAUGGAACGAUCGUUGAUCGCUGUGGUGGAUCGUUGAUCAGUAAUCGGUACGUCUUGACUGUGGCUCAUUGUUUAAAAAAGACUCCUUCCCUGAACAUAGAUCAUGUUCGUUUAGGAGAACACACCAGAAAUCAGGAAGAAUAUUGCAUUACCUAUGAUGGGGGUAUAGCAGAUUGCGCUGACCCAGUAGAAGAUUAUCAGAUUGAGUCAUUCGAUAUGCAUCCGGAAUAUAAUCGUCCCAAAUACCGUAAUGAUAUCGGACUGAUACGGUUGGCUCGCGUUGUGGAAUUCAAAGAUCACAUUCAACCAAUUUGUCUACCUCUGAGUCCUGAACUGCGGUCGAAGCGAUUGGAAAAAUACAUCGUGACCGGUUGGGGAUUGACCGAAAACAAAGUCGAAUCGCAGAUACUUUUGGAGGCGAUAAUUUCUUCGGUUAGCAACGAUGAGUGCUCACAGACACUGGCUCAACUUCGUCAGAAUGUGCAGCUUAGCGAUAAGCAAAUUUGUGCCGGUGGCGAGUCGCUAGUGGAUACGUGCAAGGGAGAUUCAGGCGAACCGCUGGGAUUCGACACCGAGUAUGACAACAAGCCACUUUUCGUACAAUUCGGGGUCGUGUCAUUCGGGGUGGACUCCUGUGGUAAAAAAUCCGUACCUGGAAUCUACUGCCGAGUGGGCAGCUAUAUGGAUUGGAUUUUAGAUAAUAUUAUGCCAUAAGUUUCGUACCGAAAUUUCAGUAUACGAAACCAGCAUCAAAAAGAGCAUAAUCAUAUUGAUUCUUGGGCAAGUUUCAUGUAAUUGACCGUAGAAAUAGA